UGUGCUUGCAAGGCAAGCGCUCUACCACUGAGCUAAAUCCCCAGCCCCCCCAUGCCAGGCUUCUUAAAGAGACUUUUGUUUUCCAGCAGGAUGAGCUAGCAGUUGCAGGAGGGCAGGUCAUGGGAUAACUGAGUUAAAACAUUGAAGUGAACAGUACUGGAUAGGUAAGGAUGUCAAUGAUUCCUUAGGAUCCAUUUCUGUCCUUGUCUCUCCCUGUCAGUUUAAUCAAAUCACAAUGAGUGAAUCAGGGGUUCAGGAUAGAGCUUAGCCGUUAAAUGCACUUGUUCUUAGAGAGGACCUGGAUUCAGCCCAGCAUCCACACAGUGGCUCACAACCAUCUGUAACUCAGUUCCUGGAGGUGAGACACACCCUUUAGCCUCCACUAGCUUAUGUAUGCAAAUGGUGCAAAUGCACACAUGCAGGCAUAAUACUGAUGCACACAGAAUGAACAUCAAAGUUUUUGAUUCAAAACAGAAGUUGAAUGUAGAAAAAUAACUAGACCUUGACAAAGAGUUACCAUAGGAUCCUAGAAAGAUGUACAAAGUGCCAGUGGCCUAUGAGAGUGUGCUCAGCAUUGCCGAAUCCAUAGGAGGAUCUGGAUCACAGCUGAAUUAGCUAGUUAGUAUAGUCAGAUUCUCAAAGAAGGACAGAAGAGGCAGGAAGAGGGGAGAAAUGGACAGCUUCUGUUUGGAAAGGGGAAACAUGCUAGUUCCAUGGCACUGAAAAUAGUAACACUACUACUUUUUCUUUAAUGAUAUCUGCAUGUGCAUCACGCUCACCUUCCUCUUAUUCCAUGCUCCCUCCCUCCCAAAUGUUUAAUUAUUACUGUUACAUAUAUAUAUUCAUAUAUGUGCAUGUGUAUAUACCCACAUUAUACACAACUUUAUGCAGUCUGCUGAGUCCAUUCAGCACUGCCAAUUUGUAUGUAUGUGCAGGGUUGAUCUCUUGGGAUUGGACAACCUAUGAGAGAGCUCAUCCAUGGAAAAAGUGGUUCUCCUUCUCUAGCAGCCGUUGACCAUCUGUGGCCCUUCAUUUAGGGGUAGGACCUCGUGGAGUUUCCUGUAUCCAUGUUGGCGUGUGUGCUGGUCUCGUUAAGGUGAUGAUGUGAAUUCCUGAGUGCUUUUUCCCUGGCAUGCAUGACUAAACAGAACUGUUUAACUGCAGGUGCCCCAGUCUGCUCCCUGAGCUUAGGAGUUGGGGUUGUCCACUGUCACUGCUCUCUGCAUGUGGCCAGUGUGGACCUCUGUAGUAAGACCUUUAUCUAUUGCAAAAAGAAGAGUCUUGCAUAAGGGGAGAAAACUAGACUCAUUUGGUGGGGCCUGAGGCUUAUGAACUGCACAGAUAGACCUGAGCUGCACAUGCUCGAAAAUGCUUAAAGGGGAAAUUGCAGCACACACUUUAGCAGAAGUUUUAAUUUUUAAAAACUGGUGUGCAUGUUAUGUUGUCAGUUCUAGUAAGGACUGCUUCCAGCCAAAGGAGCUAGAGCUCUGGAAAUAGCAGCACUUGGGAGAUAAAUGUACCUAGAUCAGGAGUUAAUGGUCAUUCUCGGCUACAUACAGUUCAACACAGUGCCAGCCUUGAUAGAUACAUGGGGCCCUGGCUUUUGUUUGUUUUAAAGGCUGGGUUUUUAAACUUUAGGUGAGGGGAGAAGUGUAAAAUACGAUCACAUGCAGGAAUAAUUAAAAACUUAAAACCAGAGAUGGCUAAUCUGUUCUGAGCACUGUCUGCUCUUUAGAGGAACGAGGUUCAAUUACCAGCACCCACAUGACAGCUCACAGCUGUCUGUUAUUCCAGCUCCAGGAGUUUUGACACCCUCAGACAGGCUGGCAAAACACUAAUACACAUAAAGUAAAAAAAAAAUCAUUAAAAAAUAAAAGACUUGAAACAGCAGCUGAGCCUGGUGGUGCACAUCUUUAAUCUUAGGAUUUGGGAGGCAGAAGCAGGUGGAUUUCCAUGAGCUUAAGCCUGGUCUGACCUACAUAGUGAGUUCCAGGCCAGCCAGGGGACUACAUAGUGAGACCCUGCCUCAAAGGAGUGAAGAAAAAGUUCCACAGAAAAGUUAAAAUGUGACCUCCAUGUGCCACAUGUUGUUCGCCUGUUUGAAGCAACAACAGAGUCAGGCUGUAGGACAAAAGAUCAGAUUCCUCUCUUGAAAUCUCUGCCCUGGGACCUCCCCCUCUAAGAAACCCUGUGUAAAACUUGUCUCCUGCGCAGUUUCCUGCUGCUUCUUGCCCAGUCAGGGGCAGCUUCCCUCCUAGGUCUCAUCCAGUAAAUCCCUGGUGUGAGGUUUGUUGUGUAGUGUGACUUAGGGUAUUUAUUCCUUGGCUCUCCUGUGCUAGGAUGUCUCUCCCUUUAGAGCUGUAAUACCUUCACUGAGGAAGCAUUCCUCCACAGACCUGUGAGCCCCACUUACGCUGGUCCCACCCACCAUUACCAAAACCACAAAAAGGAAACAAGCCCCAUCUCCACUGGGACAAAUCAGUAAGUAAUACAGAGGAAAGGGGAUAAUAAGUACACCUCGUUCAUUGCUUUUAAAAAGAAGCAUAUAGCCAGGCAGCAGUGGUGCUCUGCAAGUUAGUUCCACUACUCAGGAGACAGAGACAGCGGGUCUUUGUGAGUUCGAGGCCAACUUGGUCCAUAAAGCUAUUCCAGGCCAGCCAGAGAUGUUAGACAGAGAUACUCUUACCUGAGACGGCCGGGGGUGAUGGGGGAGGAAGAAUUGAAGGGAAGAAAGAAAACGCACAUGAAGAAUGUUUUGGUUUAGUUCACUUUCAAGACACUCCAGCUUCCUGGGAUGUGCAGGUGCGCACCACCAGCAGCCACCAGCGGGUCACAGCUGCUUUGUUUUGUGAAGGGUGGUGACCCAAGGCCAUAGAUGUGCUGGAGCAAGUGCUUUGCCCCCAGUCCUUUAAAGAGCAUUCCUGGAUCCCCAAGAAACUUUCCGCUUACAUUGCCUCUAAGAUGAUACCAGUUGACACACAUGAAGGGAGUCUUUCCUUUCGUUUUUGUACUAUGAGUGCUUUGCCACGGGCAUGUAUUAGGUUAUAAAAUAAAAGCGUGAUUAGAUGUUGGUCUUUUAAAUUAAUAAUGAAAAGUGGCAGAUGUACUGUAAGAGUUAGAGAGUAGGAGUGACGCUGCUGGGGCGCUUUGUCAUGUAAACAAGGAGCUGUAAGGAGCUGGCCUUAGUUCUUUAAUUUGCUGAUGAAUAGAAUUAAGCUGAAGCCAUUUUCUUCUUCCUGCUGUUGAAUAAAUACCUCUGUAGCCAGAACAAGGCCCUACCUCCCUACCUGCUUUCUCACAUUCCCUCUCGGGUAAUUUAAGGCUCUCCAUGUGCUGCAGAUUAAGAAAGCCUGAGGGCAACAUGUUUUCUUUCUAGAUGUGUGACUGAAAGCUGCAUGGUUGCAACAUACCUGGUCAUACUCAGAACUGCCUGCAGCUAGAAUUCUUGCAUGCAAAUGGCUCAGCUAUAUGUACAUCGUUUACCAUGAAAACAUUCCUGGAGAGCAUCUCUCAGAUCAUUAGAUGAGUAGUCACUUUUCAAAGUUCAUAAUAUGUAGAGAUUCAGGAGUCAUGGAAAGUUUUAAAUACUGCUAAGGCCAGAGUCUCGUGCACAAAGAUUUCAUCCAUCUGGUUGAAGCAGUCUUGGUUUUGGAAGUUUUUAAGCUUCCCAAGUUAAUUCUGAUUGGAAGUCACAGACUGAGUAAUCACUGUUUCGAAGGAAGAAUAUUCACAGAUAACCCCCACCAUAUCAAUUUAAAUUGGUUUUAUUAUGAUAGUAUUUUGUUAUGAACAAUCUGGCUUUAGUUUGAAAUUCCUUAUAUGGAUAGUUGUAUGCAAAAUACAUUGUUAAAUGCGAAAUUAUUAACUACAAAGCAGCAUCUAUGCAUGGGUGAGUGCUGCUUGGACGAGGCUUGGGUUAUGUUGUUGUUCUAGUUUAGCUGUUGAUCUCACUGGUACCUGCAUUAGUCUAGGUCCAGUAGGGAUAUGGAAGCCUUGUAAAUGGAUCUAGUUCAUUCAAGGAAUAAGUCAUGAUAAUAGGAUUAACUGUAAACUGGGCAUGGUGACACAUGCCUUUUAUUCUAGUGCUCAGGAGUCAGGGGCAGGGGCAAUCUCUGCGUCUGAGGCCAGUCUAGUCUGUCUACUGAAUUCCAGGCCAGUCAAGGCCACAUACUGAGACCCUGUCUCAGCAAACAAACAAAUGAAGACUUAACUACAGAAGCGGCAGAACCCUAAGCUGAUGAAGCCCCGGCUAAGAAGGGAAGCCCCACUGGAAAGCUGGUGCACGUUCACAGGGCAUGGCACAGAUGUGCUGAAUGAGCACCAGGAAGCACUUUAAGCUAACUCCCUGUUCUUCAGCUAGAGCACAUGCAGAAUGCAAGCCAGUCACAGCCAGGAGCCCCUCAGCUUGUGCUCCUAUUGGAAAGGAGCCCUGGGCGUGUUGAUGGAUGGCUAGGUGUGUGUGUGGACUAUUGGUGCAGCAGACUUGGAGUCCGGUGUGUGUGUGAGGAGGAGUCCCAUGAGAGACCGUUGGGAGGUGGCUAGUAGUAGGGACUGGAAUUAGUUCAGUGUUAAGAGUGCCAUUGGAUGGGAUGCUAGACUGCCAGAGCCAAGGUUGCCCAUGCUAAGCCUAGGCCUGUAACCAGCCAGCAUCUGGGCUUCAAACCCACAUACUAACCUCACAGUGCCACAGUAACAGGUGUCAAGAGGGCCCUUCCUCCUGCAGCUCCCCAUGGUGCUGACUGAAAGAAGGGCCAGAGCCUGUGUUACUGGGAGAGCAUGGAGCCAUCAGGAAAGAGAUAGUGACCCCUGAUGCAUGCACACCACUUGGGCUAGCUAUAGCACUACAGCCUAGCUGUUAGCUGUCUUCACUUUUUAAAACAGAGUUCUUCCAUGUUGCGUAUCUUGUAAUAGCUCUCCAGCUGAACAGGGCUCUGUAUAAAAAGAUAAUCCGUGUCAGACAAACAUGAAGUUAGAGCAUACAUGGGAAUCACCUCCACAGAGCCUGAUCUGUUGGAUGAGGUGGAUAGAAAUCACAGAUCAUUUCUAAUAGGGAGCACCAGUGAUGGCAGUCUCUGAGACAGCACUGAGUGUCCUUACUCUGUAGACCCCACACAAAGCCCUGCACUAGUCGAUUUCUCCACAGUUGUGGGCAGAACAAACGAGACAGCUAAGCCACUUGACAAAAAAGCAGGGCAGCAGCUGUCAUACUGGAGGGGAACCUCCAUUUCUGACUCCUCUCAAAGUGGCUCUAUCAUGUUGAUGACAUUGUCUAGCUCAAGACUUUGUGCACAAAUAAUAUCCCUGCCCUGUGUCCUGAGUGUGGAGUUUCAAACCCAGGGCCUCACGUACAAGGCCACAAGCACCUGAGCUAUGGCAGCAGCACCCUCCUACAUACAGGUUAGUCUAGGGGUUAGCCUGUGGGCCACUCUGGCCUUAAACUUGUGAUUCUCCUGCCUCAGCCUCCCAGACAGCUGGAAUUACAGUCCUGUGCCCUCACUCCUGGUUGCUUCUUUACUUCUUCAUUGGCUUUAAAGUAGUCAUCAUACUAACACUGCUUCUUAAAUAUUUAAUAGGGUAAAAGAACAGGAAACACAAGAAGAGGAACGUUUGAUGGAAGAAAAGAAAAAGAAAAAGCAGGAAGACAAGAAAAAGAAGGAAGGUGCUCAGAAAAAGGCUGCUGAUCAAAAAACCAAAGUGCCAGAACUUACUAAGACCUGUUCAAGCCAGCCCCAACCUGCGGGUACCAGUCCCAGUACUUCCACCAGCACUAUUUCUAGCGGCAGCAAUGGCAAACGUGCAUCUGCCUGUGGCCAGCAGCCAGCUGCAUCCCGUUACCUGCCUCGGGAGGUGCCUCCACGCUUUCGCCAGCAAGAACAGAAGCAGCUGUUAAAGAGAGGCCAGCCAUUGCCCACAGGGAGUCUGACCAGUGUGAGCCCAGCACAGGCUGCUGGACCUGCAGGGGCCAGCCCUCCUCCCCUCCCUGGAGCUGGGGCACAGCAACAUCCCAGCAAACUCCAACCAGAUCUUGGUCACAGUGGAUUGGCAGGUCACUAUGAAAAUUCUCACUGGGGACAGCAUCCCUCUUACAGAAGUGAAGCGGACUGCAGCUGGGAUAAAGUGAUAAUAGACAGGACUGACCAGGAGGUGUGGCCGUCCACCCCAGUAACAGAGACUGAAUCUGCCUCAGAAUGUCCUACCGACACUGACUCUGCCUCCAACUGUGGCUCCGAGAACAGUAGCAUGGCUACAGGGAGCACCCAGAGCAGCUUCCCCGGCCACCCGAAGAAGACGAAUGGCAGUCAUGGUACCAAUGGCACACUCGUCCAAAGCCCUUCUAACCCGAGUGCCCUUGGGGCAGGAGCAGCCAAUGGGAAUGGGGGCAUGGCCAGAGUGUGGGGUGUAGCCACAGGCUCCAGCUCUGGCCUGGCUCACUGCUCUGUUGGUGGUGGAGAUGGGAAAAUGGACAACAUGAUUGGAGAUGGGAGAAGUCAGAAUUGCUGGGGUGCUUCCAACUCCAAUGCGGGCAUUAAUCUCAGCCUCAAUCCUAAUGCCAACCCAGCUGCCUGGCCUGUACUUGGGCAUGAAGGAACUGUGGCAACAGGCAACCCUUCCAGUAUUUGCAGUCCAGUCAGUGCCAUAGGUCAGAGUAUGGGCAGCCAGAAUGGGAACCCAGUGGGCACCCUAGGUGCCUGGGGAAACUUGCUGCCCCAAGAGAGCACAGAACCACAAACGUCCACUUCUCAGAAUGUGUCUUUCAGCGUACAACCUCAGAACCUUAACACUGAUGGACCAAAUAACACUAACCCCUUGAAUAACUCUUCACCAAACCCUAUCAAUGCAAUGCAGACAAAUGGACUGCCAAACUGGGGCAUGGCUGUUGGUAUGGGGGCCAUCAUCCCACCCCACCUGCAAGGCCUUCCUGGUGCUAACGGAUCAUCAGUCUCUCAAGGCAGUGGGAGUGGUGGGGAAGGAAUGGGCAGUUCUGUGUGGGGACUGUCCCCUGGUAACCCUGCCACAGGAAGUACCAAUUGUGGGUUCAGUCAGGGGAAUGGAGGCGACACUGUGAACUCAGCAUUAAGUGCUAAGCAGAAUGGAUCCAGCAGUGCUGCGCAGAAGGAAGGGAAUGGAGGGAACGCCUGGGACUCGGGGCCUCCUGCAGGGCCUGGCAUCCUGGCCUGGGGAAGGGGCGGUGGCAACAACGGCAUUGGGAAUAUCCAUUCGGGAGCUUGGGGCCACCCCAGCCGAAGUUCUUCUAAUGGUGUGAAUGGGGAGUGGGCGAAGCCCCCAAACCAGCAUUCCAGUAGUGACAUCAGUGGGAAAGGAUCAACAGGGUGGGACAGUGCCAGUGCUGCCAGCCAGACCCCUGCCCUGCAGCCUGGCAGUGAACAUAUGAACUCAUGGGCCAAAGCCACAUCUUCUGGAACUACAGCAAGUGAAGGAAGCAGUGAGGGGUCCGGCAGUCACAAUGAAGGAAGCACUGGGAGGGAAGGAGCAGGAGAGGGCCGGAGGCGAGACAAAGGGGUUCUAGACCAAGGGCACAUCCAGUUGCCAAGGAACGAUCUUGACCCAAGAGUCCUGUCUAAUAGUGGUUGGGGACAGACUCCCGUAAAGCAAAACACUGCCUGGGAAUUUGAAGAGUCCCCUAGGUCUGAAAGGAAAAAUGACAAUGGGACAGAGGCCUGGGGUAGUGUAGCUACUCAGCCUUCAAACUCAGGGGGGAAGACUGAUGGGUCCAUCAUGAACAGUACAAAUACCUCUUCAGUAUCGGGGUGGGUCAGCUCGCCACCUGCCGCCGUGCCAGCAAACACAAGCUGGGGAGACAGCAACAACAAAGCGCCAAGUGGCCCAGGAGUUUGGGGGGACUCAAUAAGCUCUACUGCUGUUAACAAUGCUGCUGCCACCAAGAGUGGCCAUGCUUGGAGUGGGACUGUAAACCAAGAGGACAAGUCACCCACCUGGGGUGAGCCUCAGAAACCCAAAUCCCAAAACUGGGGCGAUGGACAAAGAGCAAACCCAGCCUGGAGUGCAGGAGCAGGAGACUGGGCAGACUCACCAUCCGUCCUUGGACAUCUAGGGGAUGGAAAGAAAAGUGGAUCUGGAUGGGAUGCUGAUGGUAGUAGGUCAGGGUCUGGUUGGAAUGAUGCCACGAGGUGUGGGACCAGUGGCUGGGCCAGUGGCACCAAUGCUAAGGUGAAUCCAGGUACAAACUGGGGGGAGUCUCUCAAGCCUGGUCCCCAGCAGAACUGGGCUCACAAGCCCCAAGACAACAAUGUGAGUAACUGGGGGGGAGCUGCUUCUGUUAAGCAGACAGGGACGGGGUGGAUUGGGGGGCCACUGCCAGUCAAGCAGAAGGACAGCAGUGAGGCGACUGGCUGGGAGGAGCCUUCCCCACCCUCCAUCCGACGCAAAAUGGAAGUUGAUGAUGGUACCUCAGCUUGGGGGGACCCAAGCACCUACAACAAUAAAACUGUAAACAUGUGGGACAGAAACAAUCCAGUCAUCCAGAGCAGUACCACAGCCCCUGCCACCCCCACGACCCCCACCUUGAGCAGCACCACACACCGGGCCGAGACGCCGCCUUCACACCAGGCUGGCACUCAGCUGAAUCGGUCACCACUGCUCGGGCCAGUUUCGUCUGGCUGGGGAGAGAUGCCCAAUGUUCACUCCAAGGCUGAGAACUCCUGGGGAGAGCCAUCUUCCCCUUCUACCCUGGUCGACAAUGGCACGGCAGCGUGGGGGAAGCCUCCCAGUAGUGGCAGUGGAUGGGAUCAUCCUGCUGAGCCCGUGGUGCCAUUUGGAAGAGCCAGCGCUCCUGCUGCUGCCACAGCCCUGUGCAAACCAGCUUCCAAAUCUAUGCAAGAAGGCUGGGGCAGUGGUGCGGACGAAAUGAACCUGGGCACCAGCCAGUGGGAGGACGAGGACGGGGACAUGUGGAACAAUGCUGCCUCCCAAGAAAGCAGCUCAUCCUGCAGCUCCUGGGGCAAUGCCUCAAAAAAAGGACUUCAGAAGGGCAUGAAGACGCCCGGCAAGCAGGAUGAGGCCUGGAUCAUGAGCCGGCUGAUCAAACAACUCACAGACAUGGGCUUCCCGAGAGAGCCAGCUGAAGAGGCCUUGAAGAGCAACAGUAUGAACCUUGACCAGGCCAUGAGUGCUCUGCUGGAAAAGAAGGUGGACAUGGACAAACGUGGACUGGGAAUGACCGACUACAAUGGAAUGGUCACCAAACCCCUCGGCUGCCGCCCACCAAUCUCCAAAGAGUCUUCCAUGGACCGCCCCACCUUCCUUGACAAGCUCACCCUUUCUUUCUCCAAUCAGGAUGGCGGCCUCGUGGAAGAGCCCACGACUUCACCGUUUUUGCCUUCCCCAAGCCUGAAGCUCCCCCUUUCCAACAGUGCACUCCCCAAUCAGGCCCUGGGUGGGAUUGCCUCAGGGCUGGGCAUGCAAAACUUGAACUCUUCUAGACAGAUCCCGAGUGGCAAUCUGGGUGUGUUUGGCAAUAGCGGAGCAGCACAAGCCAGGACCAUGCAGCAGCCGCCAGUGCAGCCUCUUAAUUCCUCCCAGCCCAGCCUCCGAGCUCAAGUGCCUCAGUUUCUAUCCCCUCAGGUUCAAGCACAGCUUUUGCAGUUUGCAGCAAAAAACAUUGGUCUCAGCCCUGCACUAUUAACCUCGCCAAUUAACCCUCAGCAUAUGACGAUGUUGAACCAGCUCUAUCAGCUGCAGCUGGCAUACCAACGUUUACAAAUCCAGCAGCAGAUGUUACAGGCCCAGCGGAAUGUUUCCGGACCCAUGAGGCAACAGGAGCAGCAAGUUGCGCGCACAAUCACUAAUCUGCAGCAGCAGAUCCAGCAGCACCAGCGCCAGCUGGCCCAGGCCCUGCUUGUAAAGCAGCCUCCACCUCCGCCACCCCCGCCGCACCUGUCUCUGCACCCCUCUGCAGGCAAACCGGGCAUGGAUAGCUUCCCCCCUCACCCCCAGGCUCCUGGCCUCCCCGACCUGCAGACCAAAGAGCAGCAGUCUUCACCCAACACCUUUGCUCCUUAUCCUCUUGCCGGAUUGAACCCAAACAUGAAUGUCAACAGCAUAGACAUGAGCAGUGGUUUGUCUGUGAAGGACCCAUCUCAGUCCCAGUCACGCCUGCCUCAGUGGACACAUCCCAAUUCCAUGGGUAACUUGUCUAGUGCUGCUUCUCCCCUGGACCAGAAUCCUAGCAAGCAUGGUGCUAUCCCUGGAGGUCUAAGCAUCGGGCCUCCAGGUAAGUCCUCUAUUGAUGACUCUUACGGCCGGUACGAUUUAAUUCAGAACAGUGAGUCACCAGCCAGUCCUCCGGUAGCUGUUCCCCAUAGCUGGUCACGUGCCAAGUCUGACAGUGAUAAAAUCUCAAAUGGCUCCAGCAUCAGCUGGCCCCCAGAGUUCCACCCCGGGGUCCCAUGGAAAGGACUUCAGAACAUCGAUCCUGAGAAUGACCCUGAUGUCACUCCUGGAAGUGUCCCUACUGGACCCACCAUUAACACCACCAUCCAGGAUGUCAACCGCUACCUCCUCAAGAGUGGAGGUAAGCUGUCCGAUAUUAAAUCAACGUGGUCCUCAGGCCCAGCUUCUCACACGCAAGCCUCUCUGUCUCAUGAGCUGUGGAAGGUACCCAGAAACACUACUGCACCCACCAGGCCACCUCCAGGCUUAGCCAAUCCCAAGCCUUCCUCUACCUGGGGCACCAGCCCCCUUGGCUGGACCAGCUCCUACUCCUCGGGUUCUGCAUGGAGUACUGACACCUCAGGAAGAACAAGCAGCUGGCUCGUUCUGCGCAAUCUCACACCCCAGAUCGAUGGUUCUACACUGCGGACGCUGUGUUUGCAGCAUGGGCCUCUCAUCACAUUCCACCUGAACCUGACCCAAGGCAAUGCUGUGGUCCGCUACAGUUCCAAGGAGGAAGCCGCCAAGGCCCAGAAGUCUCUGCACAUGUGUGUACUGGGAAACACCACCAUCUUGGCUGAGUUUGCUGGUGAAGAAGAAGUGAACCGGUUCCUGGCCCAAGGCCAAGCCCUCCCACCCACCUCCAGCUGGCAGUCCAGCAGUGGGGGCAGCCAGCCCAGGCUGGGCACCUCGGGCAGCACCCAUGGCCUAGUGCGCAGCGACACUGCCCACUGGAACACCCCAUGCCUGAGUGGCAAAGGCAGCAGUGAGCUGCUGUGGGGUGGGGUCCCCCAGUACUCGAGCAGCCUGUGGGGCCCACCCAGUGCUGAUGACACCAGAGUGAUCGGCAGCCCCACGCCUCUCAACACUCUGCUGCCUGGGGACCUGCUCAGCGGCGAGUCCCUCUAGGGGUCACAAUCACUGGGGAGAAGAGAGCUGACCGUGCCAGGCCCGGCUCUGAAGCUCCACCUGAUGGACAAGCUGCCCCUUCGAGUACCUCUGUCCAGUUCUGAAGAUGAACCUUGGCCUCAGCCCUUGGGAACUGUUGGAGACAGUGCGGGCUGCGUUUGGUCAGUGUCGUGUGCUGACGACAGGAUGUUCCUCAUAGCUUUUUAUUUUAUGUCGUCUUACGUUUGUACAGUGUGUUGUCAUUUUGAGUUUUAAGUAUAAAAGCUGCUUAGAAUAGUUCUAUCAUGAAGGGCACUUUUCAGAUUGUGGGCUGGAAAGGGUUAUUUUAUGGUGGGGUGGGCGGGGAGACUUGAAGCCUAUUUACAGUGAGCCUGUGACGAUUAUGCACAUUACCAGAGGCGCCAGGUGGGACAGACAGCGGCUGCGCUGUGCGGGCACAGAGCUCCGUCCCCCGGAUUGCCUGCGCACAUUACCCUUGUUUCGUUACCUUUUCAUGUCAUUUUUUUUAUCCCAAGAAAAUAUUUUUUAAAAGUUUAAAAAAAAAAAAAAAAGACAUAUCAAACAUGCAAAUACUUGAACCCAGCAGGCCAAUACCGAAAUGUGAACACUUCACGUUGACAUCCGUGCGCAGAGACAGGCUCUAGGGAAUGUCUGCGUUCAUAGCCUACAUGUGCGUGUGCGUGCGUGCGUGCGUGUGUGCUUGUGUGGAACCGUGUGAGUGAGCAUGCUCUUGCACAGUCAGUGCUCACUGUGCGUGCGUGCGUGUUUGAGAGCGUGUGAGGGAUUUAACUGUGGGUUUCCCUUCGGUUCAGUACAUGCUUUUCCCCUCUUUUUUUGGCAUUGGUCAAAUGUUCUCAUUGUUGUUAUUUGCUUCUAACUUUGCACUGAGGUGUCCCUGCCCUUCCGUUAGCUAAUCCUAAGCAGGAAAGAGAAUUCACGGGACAGGGCUGGUGACAAUUCACGUGUAAAUGUUUACUCAAGGACUCUGUUGUUGCAUUUAAAGUUACAGUGUAUAUCUCUGGAGAAAUAAUAUGUCUAUCUACCUUCAGCAGCUUCUCAUUGUGGACUAAUGCAAGAAGAUUAUCACCAGAGCAUUGCACCACUCCCAUCUGGACUGUAAAGUUACAGAGAAAACAAAACUGUUGUUGAACUGUGGCCAUAGAUACUUGUAGAGACUGGGUGUUCCGCAAGGAGCGGGACCAAGCACUUGGACGUGGGUUGUGACUGCUUUUGGAGGAGCUGUGUUUGGGCUCCCACCUGUUUACAGACGUUUUUUUCUCCUUCAGACUUUAAAAUAAAAUUUUAAAAAAAAAUUUAAAAUGUUAAAAGGAAUAAAAAAAAAAAAAGACUUCCAUCAUUUAAAAAAAAAAAAAACAAGCAAACAAACAGAAACCUAUUUUCAGAAUACAGAUGUGUUGCUUCAGAGCUCUGGGAUGGGACAUGCUGUUCCCCUCCAGCCAUCGCGGACUCUGUUGACUGUCCUCACCCCCUCCUCAAGGUGACCAGGCCUUGUGGUCUCUGUCUUGCACACGCCAGCUCGCUCUCAGGAACGCCAGGGCUCCCGAGGGCGGCGCCACACCACUUCAUGUAUUUUUAAACCCAACUCCUAGCACUGAAGAUGUUAUUUAAAAAAAAAUAAAAGAAAGAAAAAAAAAAGAAAGAAAGAAAAAAGAAAAAAAAAAACCACACACACACAAAGAAGAGAAAUCCCUAAUCUCUAAUGUGUAGCAGUUACAUAUUUACCAAAUAAUGGACUCAAAGGAACGGAUGUUUGGAGAGUGCUUUAUAUAUUAAAGUUGCUUUAUGUUUUAAAGAUGAUCAAUGUUUUGAUUGUUUUACAAGGAAGAAAGACAAUGAAAUAACACACCCUCAAGUAUGUUUUAGAAAAAUAUAUGAACAUUGUACUCCCUGCCUAUGUGGUCAGGAAACUUGUGCAUUACAUUUUUUAAUUAGCUUUUUAAUGGUUUUAUCAAAACAAACAGAAAGAAAGCAAGUCCUGCAAGGUUGCAGAAAAGCACUGUUUUCUAGAGGAUCAGGAACUAUGCACAACUGGGUUCAAAACUUGUUCGAGUUUUGUCAUGUAUCCCACGGAAUGGCCCUCCUCAGAGUGACUGCGUCUCAUCGACAUUACGUGCGUCCUAAAUAUUUGAUGUAUGUAUACCCAAGUAUGUAUAUCAGAUGUGUGCGUGCGCACGUGUGUGCAUGCGUGUGCGUGCUCCCAGACGCACGGCUUACCGUGCAGCCAUUGAGCCCUGAGGUAUAGAAAAACUCCUGUUUAAAAACUGGGGAUGGAAGGAAAGGAUGUUUUCCGUUUCCGUGGGCUUUACCCCCUUUUUUCCUUUUUGAACCUUUUAAAUUUAAAAUGUCUCUGACUCUAAGAUUAAAAGAAAAAAGUUUGUGGCGCUUACUGCCCUCCUCUUGGAACGUGAUGGUUGGACGCACACUGGAGGUUGCUUUCAAAAAAUACAGCGCUUUGUUGAGUCUUAAUAAACUGCAGUUUUUCUUGGCUGUUGACAUAA